AUGGAUGUUGCACGCCUAAAGAUUUGCUNACGACCUGGAGACAAAGACGAUGGUGAUCGUCGACCAGGUGGCAAACCUGAACGAGAAGAAAAGAAUGAUAAACAUUGGCCCAGUCGCAGUAAUGAUCGGGAGAAUUCGGAUAGUAAUGAUGUCAAUGUGAAUGUCAACGUUCAAAUUAGCCGUGGUAAUCCUCGCCGAAAAGAUCGUCGUGAACGUCGUUCGCAAAUCGAAGGUAAAGAUGACCGCCGAAAACCCGAGCACGAAGGUUCAGAAAAACCUUCGAAAUCUGAAGGAAGUAGUCGACCACCACCACCUCGUCCAGACGUGACUGGUGAAUCAUCAUCAGAACAAACUGAAUGA